AUGAUGAACUGGCUGGCCACCAGUUGCCAGGGAGCAUCCUAUGCCAUGAAGAUCGACGCAGACAUCUUCCUGAAUGUGGACUACCUGGUCAAUAAGCUCCUGGUGCCCAACUCCACCAGACGGAAUUAUAUUACCGGCUCGGUCAUUAAAGAUGGUCAUCCAAGAAGGGACAAGAACAGCAAGUGGUACAUGCCUGAGGACAUCUUCCCGGAAGACUCGUAUCCUCCAUAUGUUUCCGGGGCCGGGUACCUGUUUUCAGCCGACCUCGGCAAGAAGAUUUCCAUGGCAUCUCGUUUUGUGAGACCCGUUCCCCUUGAGGACAUCUACGUGGGUUUAUGCCUGCGGGUUUUAGGUGUCCAGCCUGUGUACGCUUUCAGUUUCACCUCAAUGCACAACUUGUUUGAAAUCUAUCAUGUGAAGUACCAGAGGUGCGUUUAUUACCAACGCGUCAUUGUGACCGGCUUUCAGCCUGAUGAGCUUCUCUGCAUCUGGCACGACUUCCAGAAAGCCAAGUCCACAUGUUAACACUUUGAACACUUUUGUGCCAUGAGUAGAACACUGUAACUCUGACAGUGCACCUUCAAAGCUUUGAACCUUUAAUUUUUUAUAUGUAAUUUUCA